AUGAAUUCUUGGGCAACUGGAAUGAGUACUAUUCAACUAAGUGAAUCAUUCAAUGUAUUUUUCAAGGAUUAUCUCAAUUAUGAUCAUAACUUGAUGGAAUUUUUCAUGCAUUUUGAGAGGGUGCUCUAUGGCAAGAGGUAUAAAGAAUUGGAAGUCGAGUAUAAUUUGUCCCAAAAAUUGCCAAGGGUUUCCAUUCCAACUUUGAUGUUAAAGCAAAUAGCAGAUAUUUACACCAAAACAAUUUUUGAGGAAUUCCAAAAUGAGUACGUGCAGUCCAUUGAAGCGUCCAUUGUAGGCACUAUUAACGAUGGUGAGCAUACCAUAUUCACAUUUCGAACGGUGGUAGAUGGAAAAAAAGAUAAGAAUGUGACAAUGGAUAGAGAUGGUUCUUUGAGUUGUAGUUCAAGGGCUGAAAGUGUGAAAGAUAGCUGUGGGUAUGACGUUAAGGCUGAUGUGAAACUACAUCAAAGUGACCGAUAUAGGUCAUUGAUGAAUAUGUUUAGAGCAAUAGCAAGUAGAGCUGCUGAAAGUGAAGAAACUUAUCAUUUGUCACUUGCAAAAGGUGAAGAAUUGAGUAGUGAUGAAGUAGAUUGUCCAAUCCAAUCUAAGGGACUGAAGAAAAGACAAGUAACUAGUAAGGGAAGAAGGAGGAUCAAGGACGAGAUGGAAAAAUCUAUUGCAAAGAAGAAAAUGAUGCAAUCUAAGCAAGGUCAUGGUCAUGGUCAUGGUGUCUAUAUUUCUCAAUCUUUUCCUGAAUCCCAAUCUCAACCUCCCUUUGCCAUGGGUUGUACAAGUCUUCAUCAUGUCAUGUAUCCUACAUAUGAUGGAAAUAACACGCCUCAGUCAAUGCCUUUAGUCUAUCCCACUCAGACAUCGUUUCAGGAGUUGUUUCGAGCUUCAUCCUCAAGGGACAAUGACCAUAAUAAUCCAGCCCAUUCAUCAAACACAUUUUUUUCAAGUUCACCAUUUUUGGGUAGUAGCCAAAUCCAAACCUUCUUCAGAGAAUUCUAUGCCGAGUCGAAGAAGCUCUGGUUCUUAGCCAGUCCAGCCAUCUUCACCUCCAUUUGCCAGUACUCUCUUGGUGCCAUUACUAAAGUCUUCGCUGGACAGCUCGGAACUAGCGAACUCGCUGCGGUUUCAGUUGAGAACUCCAUUAUUGCAGGAUUUGCUUAUGGCAUCAUGUGGGGCAUGGGAAGUGCUCUAGAAACCCUAUGUGGGAUAGCAUUCGGAGCCGGGCAACUCGAAAUACUAGGGAUCUACAUGCAAAGGUCGUGGCUCAUCCUCAACACCACUGCUCUCAUGUUAGUAUUUGUUUACAUCUUCGCAACACACAUUUUAAAAAUCAUCGGCCAAACCGACCAAAUAUCCGAGGAAGCAGGCAAAUUCGCGCUGUGGAUGAUUCCACAGCUCUUCGCCUACACCAUGAACUACCCGCUCGCGAAGUUUCUUCAGGCACAGGGAAAGUUCAUGGCGAUGGCGGUGAUAGCGGGGUUGGUGUUGGUUUUGCAUGCUUUUUUCAGUUGGGUUUUGAUGAUGAAGUUGGGGUGGGGCCUGGCGGGGGCAGCGGUGGUGCUGAACUCAUCAUGGUGGUUCAUUGUGGUGGCUCAGUUGUUGGUGUAUGUUCUAUGUGGGGUUUGUGGUGGUGCUUGGAAUGGGUUUUCAUGGUUGGCUUUCUACAGUCUUUGGAGAUUUCUUAAGCUGUCUGUUGCUUCUGCCGUAAUGCUUGCCUUAGAAAUGUGGUAUACAAUGUCGCUUACUCUCUUUGCUGGGUAUUUAAAGGAUACUGAAGUUUCAGUGGAUGCAUCGUCACUAUGUUUGAACAUACUGGGCUGGACAACAAUGGUAGGCUUUGGAUUCAAUGCAACCAUAAGCGUAAGGGCAUCGAAUGAACUUGGGGCAGCACACCCGACAGCUGCAAAAUUCUCAGCCGUGGCGGUCGCAGUAACUUCAUUUCUAAUAGGUCUCUUCCUUGCACCCAUUCUCAUCAUUGGCGGAAAGGAAUACCCGUCCUUCUUCUCAAACGAUGCAGCGGUCAAAGAGCUUGUAUAUGAGCUCACACCAUUGCUAGGACUUGCUAUUGUUGUUUACGGUGUUCAACUUGCUCUCGCUGGGGUGGCCAUUGGAGCAGGUUGGCAAGCUUACAUAGCAUAUGUGAACUUAGGGUGCUACUAUUUGUUUGGCAUUCCUCUAAGUCUGCUAAUGGGUUUUAAGUUCAACAUGGGUAUCAAGGGGAUUUGGGGGGGAGUGAUAUCUGGAACAGUCUUAGAAGCCUGUGUUGUGCUGUGGAUUAUAAAUAGAACAAAUUGGAAUAAUGAGGCUUUUGCUGGAGACAAAUUAAAACAAUGGGAAGGAGACAGAUGACAGAGAAAUUUGAUUUGCAAAAAUGGAUUGGUUCCACAAAGCACAUGGAAAACAAGUGACAAUAUGUGGAAAACCCAAAAUAUUAGGCAUAUUAGUUUGUAAAUUUAUUUAUUUUUUAAGUAGUUUGUAACUGAGGAUUUCUAU